ACUUCAUGAUUCUCGUUCCUAGAUGCUUCAAGAAAAAAAUCUAAUUUAGCCCUAAAACUAUCUAUCCCUGAGUCGCCUACUCUCGGCUCUUCUCUGUUUUCCUGUCAAGACGCCAGCAACGGUCAGCAAUCUCCACGCCGUCAGCUAGUUCGGGUGUCGCCGUCGACAUCCAGGUUUUGGGCAAGUAAACAUUUCACACUAGCACCACCAAGCAUUGCCCCGUCGUCAUCUUCAAUCCAUUUAACUUUCUGUUAUUUGGCCAAUCAUACCGAAAAAAAUCCAGUUGCGAAAUCAUUUCAAAUGGCUAUUUCUUGGGGUUCAAAGCGUUCGAUUGGGCUUCUUUACAACAAAAUGCUUUCUGGGUAUCAUGGAUCUUCAACCAUGGCUAUCAAAGGAAGUUGUUCUUGUUCAAUCAUGGAUGAUUUUGGGUUUUUUGGAAUGUUUUUGAGGAGAUAUUCUGCUGCAUCAUCAUCAUCAUCUGAUCAGUUGAGUCUUAUUAAGCAGCUCAGAGAAAGAACAAGUGCUCCCAUUAAAGAUGUUAAAUCGGCUCUUGUUGAAUGUGAUUGGGACAUUGAGGCGGCGCAGAAGGAGCUGAGGAGAAGAGGAGUUUAUCUUGCAUCAAAGAAGUCAUCUCGAAUGGCCUCUGAAGGUUUGCUAGCCUUGGCUCAGAAUGAUACAAAAGCUGCUAUUAUUGAGCUGAACUGUGAGACUGAUUUUGUUGCUAGGAAUGACAUAUUUCAAUAUAUGGCUUUGUCUUUAGCAAAGUUGGCCUUGUCAGCUGAGAGUCAUUCUUCUGAAGCCUUUGCCAUCACACCCGAAUAUUUGGAGAGCUUGAAGCUGAAUCUAGCUCAUCCAAAAUUAACUGGAGAGAAGAGUGUGCAAGAAGCAGUAACCGAACUGGCAGCUAUGAUGGGAGAGAAUGUGAAACUGAGAAGGGGAUUCACAUUGUCUAAAACUUCACCUGGUGUUAUUGCAACUUACCUUCAUACUAGUCCACAGCCAGGUUUGGGUCGUUUAGCUGGAAUUUUAUCUUUAGAAGUGGAGGAGCCGAGUGCUGACCUGUCUAUCCUUCAGUCAGUUGGAUCAGAAUUAGCUAUGCAUGUGGUAGCAGCCAAACCCUUAUUUCUCUUGAGGGAACUUGUUUCUUCCGAUGCCUUAGAAAAUGAACGAGAAAUUCUUAGAUCUCAGGCAGAAGCAUCUGGAAAACCAAAGAUGGCUAUAGAGAAGAUGGUAGAAGGACGCUUAAGGAAAUACUUUGAAGAUGUGGUUCUUAUGGAGCAAAAGUUUAUUGUUGAUGAUUCAUUAAGUGUGAAGAAUGUGUUGGAUAAUUUGAGCAAAAGAGUUGGUUUCCCCGUAAAGAUUGGAAGUUUUUUGAGAUUGGAAGUUGGUGAAGGGACGGAUAAGUCAGAGGAAAAUGAAUCAGAACCAGCGUCUCAGGCAGCUUAGGACUUGGUUAUAAAGAACAUCUUUUCCAUGUUUCUACUGUGUCGGGCAAUGGCAGAUGAGUGGCUAAAGAUCAAAUAAGGUGAUGUGAAGUUGUCGACUUAUUUCAAUAUCCUUCUUGCUUAUUCGAUGAUCCAGGACUAGUCCUUACUUUCUGCUCAUAAUUUAAACAUCCUUUAUGGAUAACAUAUACACCUAGUUUAUUUCACAGUCCCAGUGGAUCAAUCCCGUUACUUCCCCUUCAUAGCUUGCUAUGCCCUGUAUUUUGUUCAUUUUUGAUACUAUUUUUGUGUUAUAGCGGUUAUUUUUUAGAAUUCACAAUACUACGGCUUUGUUCGCUAGUCAAUGAGCCAAAGUGCGGGAUUAAUGCUAAUCUUCUUCGAUCACUCAUUUAUAAACUGAUUAGAGGAUUGGAUUGUUAAUGGAAUAAUUCUUGUGCUUUAUAGUAAUUCUAAUUGUGAGGGUUGCGGCUGCAUUAGUUGUCAAUCUGUUAUUGAGAA